AUGCUGUUGUCCCAGACGGAGCAGCUUCCGAAAGUCAACGAUAUACAUACACCAAACUCUCUAGACAGAGAACAGGAUCAGCCUAUGAGAGACGACAGUACCGAAGAAUCACAGUCAGAAAUCAUCGUCUUGGGCACAAGCAUCGUCGGUGACGAUUCAACAUCACCAGCAUCUACUUUCCGCUCAACAGAAGGAGAGGCACCUACCUGGUUGGGCAUACCGGUGCCUGUAUUGACCGAACUUGUUCACAUCUUUUUCGCAAAGACCCAAGGAUGGCUUCCGCUUCUUCACAAGCCGCGAUUCUUCGCCCGAUUCAUGAAGAGCGGCGUAUGCGAUGACAGAAACCACUCCAAUACUGAAGCAUUGCUGCUCUGCGGCAUGUUUGCUCUAGCAGCCAGGCAUUCAUCAGAUCCCUGGUUUCAUGGCAUUCCAGCUCCAGAUCGUGGACAGGCCUUUAUGGAGAAGGCCAAUGCAUAUUACGAAAAGUGUCAAGCCGACCAAGCACCAAGUCUGGAAUAUCUGCAAGGCUGCGUCCUACUAGCCGCCUACGAAUAUGCUUCCGGCCCAUCUCACCGUGCCUGGAUCCUUGCGGGCGUCUGUGUCCGACUAGCCUACGACCUAAGCUUGUGUAGUAUGGAUGAACAGGAUGAAUCAAGCGAUUGGUCAGUUCUAGAAGAGCAGCGCCGUGCGUUUUGGAUCACUUGGGAACUCGAUACUUUUGGUUCCCUCAUGUCAAGACGGCCAAGUUCGAUCAACCGGUCGAUGGUGAUGGUCAAGCUUCCGGUCAGUGAUGAGGCAUGGUUUGCAGACCAACCCGUUGAGUCACCGAUUGUCGACCCAAGGCCCAGUGAGGUCUGGAAGCUCCUCCUCGACUCUCCGAAUCAGGACCCGCGAGCAUGGUUCCUCAUAGCCAAUAUUCUCUUGAGCGUCGCGAGUGAGUUUGCAGCGGGUCGGUUCACCUGCCAGCGGGAUAAAGAGGAUCUCAUUGAUGCUAUUACGUGCUUUUCACUCGCAACGUCUCAGCGGUUCAACCUGGAGACCCUAGAGCGAGAGAUAUCUUCAGGCGAUGCGGCAAGACAUAACUGGAUUAUUGGCAUGCAUCUCAUGUUGACUUGCACCCGCACGACCAUACAGGCCACCUUCAAACCUGAACAUCCAGAGACAUUGCGUUCGCCUCGUCAUUUGUCACGGAUCUUCUAUCAUUGGUAUCCGGACUAUAUCCCUCUAUGCCAGCCUUUCCUGGCAUGCUGUCUGUUAUCAGACCGAGCAUAUCCGUCAAAGGAUAUGGCUGAUUCUUCAUAUACCGGAUACCAUAACAGUGAGCUGGUUAGUCUGGUCUUGUCGCAGUAUGCCACUGUAUGGAAUCUUGCCUCAAUUGUAAUAAGGACAGAUCUGAAGGCUUCGUUGAUGCGCCGCGACAAGGACAACUCAUUUGAGAAGCGAUUUGCGUUAUUCUUCCCUUCACGUGUCCCCAAUAAUCGGAAAGACGACCAGCCCGCCAUAGGGGAGGAGUUGACAGCUGAGAGCAUGUCAACCGAAAGCAGCUCUAGUGACAGUGAGCUGCAGCAACUUCUUCAGCCGACUGAACUGGGAGAUGCACAGACUUUGAUGACAGAACUUGCAAAUAUGGCUGGGAGAGGCUUGCCCAGAUACGUGCAAGGAGACACUCAAUCAGAUUGGAACAGUGGGCUUUCUCUCAACUUUCUUGAUGAGGAUCAUCAACAUCUCAACUACCUACAGUUAUGA